UCAGGUACUCACUGGACAUGUUGCAACGAACAUACUUGUGCGCAAAAUUCGAGACAUCUCAACUGCCCUUGUAAUGAGGGAAUUAUUGGAGCAUCUUCCCAAAUAGGUAACAAAAAAAGCGUUGACUGAAACUGAAAAAGUGCCCUUGUCUUAGUUUGAAUAGAGGACAUCAACACUAGCAGGACUACUAGUGAAUAUGAUCAUUUUUUUCAGCGAUCAAGUCAUGUCAAGACUGGUAUCAAGAGAACCCAGACGAGUAGGUUACUUCUAUUUUUCAUUAAAGUCUUUUUUUACUCGAGUUGGUUUUAAAUGACACCAACGCUUUAGUACUAGGCAAGGUUGUGAAACUGUUUUUUUUUCUAUGUAAACAGUGAAAAACCUGCAUGUUUUGACACUCUUAGGGAAUGCUCUACUGUCCGCCUAAUACAGGUUUCACUGUAGUUGUUAACCAAAAAGUGUCUUCUUUGUCUAGGAAGACACAGAUGAUUACAAUUAUCUUUGACUCAAAGCCAACAUCCGUUUUCUGUCACAUGGGAAAUUUUGGAUGUGGGGAUGGAGGAUGGACACCGGUCAUGAAGAUGGACGGCAACAGGGUACGAAGUAGCCUGUGUCAGGCUUUUAGAUAGUAGGGACAUCAGAGCCUCUGUAUGGGUGUUUCCGACGAAAUCGAACGCGAAGAUCACCAUUGGUUGGGCUGAGCUUGCUGGUAGCGUUACCACGCAAAAAAAUGCUUAAUAUGCGAUGAUUUCGUGCUCCCCUGAAGAAACGACGAUUUGAUGGAAAAUGCGGGACAAAAUCGACGGCUGCAGGCACCCAUGCAGAGGCUAACAUCACCAAAAUAAAACAGGCGAAGCGUUCUUAUUCUGCGUUCAGUUCAAUUCAGUUCAUUUUUAUUUAGCCAAAAUAUAAUACAAUACAGGAAUACAUAUAGAAAUUGUAAGUCGCUAUUUAAGAGUUCUUUUGGGGGUGAGAGAAGAUUGAGGAUUAGGUUGAGGCGCGUGCGAGGUCUCUUGGGAAGGGGAGAAGACCCCGCGCGCACCUCAACCUAAUCCCCAAUCUUCUCUCACCCCAAGAAAACACUUAAAUAACGACUGGGUACGAGUCUGCAGAAGGCUUAUGAAGCCUGGGUUCCCCAGUCCGAAGAAAAAUAUAUAACGAAAUUCGCUGAGCGAUACGUUAAAAAUAGGAACUAAACAGUAACAAGAUAUAGAAAAACGUUCUUAACUCUGGAUUGGUAGGACUAUAAGGAAAGGACAUCGCAAAUGUCAUGUUGUAUACAUCAGUAAUUUAUCGUUCAAUUAAUUUGACGGCAAAGUACCUGUUUCUCUCACAGCAAACUUUUGAAUACAGUUCCCCUCUCUGGAGCAACAAUGAAACCUUUAACCUUGACGGAGGGAAGACUGGGUUUGACUCACAGGAGACCAAACUUCCCUCCUACUGGAACACAUCCUUCUCCAAGAUCUGCCUCGGUAUGAAGAUCAAUGACAACCAGUCCAAGUUUAUUGUUAUCAACAAGCAGGCGAACUCCUUGUACUCUCUAAUCGCUGAUGGGCAAUACCGCAACACCUCACUGGGUCGUGACACGUGGAAGUCACUGAUUGGUUCUGAUGCCUCCUUGCAGGACAACUGUAACAAGGAAGGAUUCAAUGCUGCUAGUAGUGAAUGGGAAACUUCCAAAGCCAGGAUCGGUAUCAUUAGUAACAACGGAGACAAUUGCGGGUCCUGUAACUCUAGAAUUGGGUUUGGUACUGGAGGAGAUCCUGAUAAAACCAACUCAUGUGGAAACGAAGCUGUUGAUUCUCCAGACAAUGGCCAUAAACAUAUUAAGGCUAUGGGAUAUAUUUUGGUGCAGUGA